UCCUUUCGGAUGGAGAUCAGACAUUCUCUGGAAGUUAGUACACAGAGUAUCACUGUAUGUCUUAGAAGAUAAGACAUGCACAUAUUGUCUCAAAUUGAUUGAGAGUCCUUGAGGUCUCAGUUCAAUCUCUUCACAGAUGCACGUCUACGCUUCCUAAACAUUGCGCUGACAAGAUACAUUUGAAUUCCAUUCUAAAAUACCCCCCCCAACACACAAUUUCCCCUGCUGCUCUGGCCCCAGGAUGACAGUGGUAAAAGGAAACCUGUAGCAGUGUGAGUCAGUCUUACUAAAUGAUUAGACUAUAGUGGUCUGGGAAUGUAGCCAGUGACUGAUUCAACGUUCGAAAACAUGCAAAUUGCUCCCACAGGUGCUUAAAGGGCAAAACAGAGGGUUGAUUCUGAGAACAGUGGAGGACUGUCUGCUGAUUGAGAACAAAAGUGGACAUUUUCAAGGAUGUAAACGAGUUACGCUUUGGGACCGUUGGGACACGAGACUAUCUGUGACCUGGGAGAUCUUUCGUCUAGCUGUCACUGUACGUCUGAGUCCCCUCCCUGUGCGUUUGGCUAAAAGAACAUUAAUAUACUACUGGACAGAUGUAAUGGAGUGAAAUCCACAAUAGAAGCGGUCUGGAGAGGGCUAGUCAGGAUGGCUUCAGUGGGUAGAUAUUACAUGUAGUGUCAGUCAAAUGGACUCUUCUAAUUGCUAAGCAAGGUUUAUUUGACGUUAAGAGAAUACGGACAACACGAGGACUAAACUAAACCCACAAUCUCAGGGAGUUAACCAAGAUGGUGUGCAAAUCUGACAGACAGAGAAUCCUGAGGGCGAGAACGCAAGGCAAGUAGCAUGUAGAGUUGCAGACUUAUGAAGGGUAGCCUGCUACACGAAUAUUCAUGAUGCUUUAUUAAUCAGACCGGACAGAUAGCUUAACAAGUGCAUUCUUCAGGUCAAACAUGAGAUAACAAAACUUGCCUGGGAAAGUAGACCUACGGUGUUCUCCAGUAAUGUACUGGAAUGUACAGUUGAAGUCUGAAGUUUACAUACACCUUAGCCAAAUACAUUUAAACUCAGUUUUUCACAAUUAAUGACAUUUAAAUCAGAGUAAAAAUCCUGUCUUAGGUCAGUUAGGAUCACCACUUUAUUUUAAGAAUGUGAAACGUCAGAAUAAUAGUAGAGAGAAUUAUUUAUUUCAACUUUUAUUCCUUUCAUCACAUUCCCAGUGGGUCAGAAGUUAACAUACAGUCAAUUAGUAUUUGGUAGCAUUGCCUUUAAAUUGUUUAUCUUGUGUCAAAUAUUUUGGGUAGCCGUCCACAAGAUUCACGCAAUAAGUUGGGUGAAUUUCGGCCCAUUCCUCCUGACAGAGCUGGUGUAACUGAGUCAGGUUUGUGGGCCUCCUUGCCCGCACAUGCUUUUUCAGUUCUGCCCACAAAUUUUCGAUAGGAUUGAUGUCGGGGCUUUGUGAUGGCCAUUCCAAUACCUUGACUUUGUUGUCUUUGAGCCAUUUUUCCACAACUUUGGAAGUAUGUUUGGGGACAUUGUUCAUUUGGAACCAUUUGCGACCAAGCUUUAACUUCCUGACUGAUGUCUUGAGAUGUUGCUUCAAUAUAUCCACAUCAUUUUCUUUUCUUUAUAUUUGCUUACUACUGUUUGUACAGAUAAACGUGGUAACUUCAGGCGUUUGGAAAUUGGAUGAACCAGACUCGUGGAGGUCUACAAUUAAUUUUUCUGAGGUCUUGGCUGAUUUUCUUUUGAUUUUCCCAUGAUGUCAAGCAAAGAGCCACUGAGAUUGAAGAACUCGGCCUUUCUCCAAUUCGAGCCAAUCAACACAUUUUUAGUGCAAUAAUUCAAAAGAAGACUUUGUAUUAGUCCAUCAGAGAGCCGAGAAGGUGAUAAUCAAGCUUUUCUGAUCAAGAACACAUUGUGCCUGUGCCCAAGAACACGAAGGUAACCUGCCUAAAUUGCUACGGGUCAGUAGUCCUCACAUCUGGAGCCAUGAAGCGCUUUGAAAGGCUGAUCAUGGCUCACAUUAACACCAUUAUCCCAGAAACCCUAGACCCACUCCACUUUGCAUACCGCCCAAACAGAUCCACAGAUGACUCAAUCUCUAAUGCACUCCACACUGCCAUUUCCCACCUGGACAAAAGGAACACCUAUGUGAGAAUGCUAUUCAUUGACUACAGCUUAGCGUUCAAAACCAUAGUGUUCCCUCAAAGCUCUAAAAUAAGCUAAGGAUCCUGGGAGUAAACACCUCCCUCUGCAGCAGGAUCCUGGACUUCUGGACCGGCCGCCCCCAGGUGGUAAGGGUAGGUAACAACACAUCCGCCACGCUGAUCCUUAAAACAGGGGCCCCUCAGGGGUGUGUGCUCAGUCCCCUCCUAUACUCCCUGUUCACUCUUGACUGCACCGCCAGGCACGACUCCAACACCAUCAUUAAAUUUGCCGAUGACACAACAGUGUUAGGCCUGAUCACCGACAACGUCGAGACAGCCUAUAGGAAGGAGGUCAGAGACCUGGCCGUGUGGUGCCAGGACAACCUCUCCCUCAAAAUGGUCAAGACAAAGGAGAUGAUUGUGGACUACAGGAAAAAGAGGGCCGAGCAUGCCCCCAUUCUUAUAGACGGGGCUGCAGUGGAGCAGGUUGAGAGCUUCUAGUUCCUUGGUGUCCACAUCACCAGCAAACUAACAUGUUCCAAGACCGUUGUGAAGAGGGCACGACAAAACCUAUUCCCCCUCAGGAGACUGAAAAGAUUUAGCAUGGGUCCUCAGAUCCUCAAAAGGUUCUACAGCUGCACCAUCGAGAGCAUCCUGACGGGUUGCAUCACUGCCUGGUAUGGCAACUGCUCGGCCUCCGACCGCAAGGCACUACAGAGGGUAAUGUGAACGGCCCAGUACAUCACUGGGGCCAAGCUUCCUGCCAUCCAGGAUCUCUAUACCAGGCGGUGUCAGAGGAAGGCCCUAAAAAUGGUCAAAAACUCCAGCCGCCCUAGUCAUAGACUGUUCUCUCUGCUACCACACGUCAAGCGGUACCGGAGCAUCAAGUCUAGGUCCAAGAGGCUUCUAAACAGCUUCUACCCCCAAACCAUAAGACACCUAAUCAAAUGGCUACCCAGACUAUUUGCAUUGCCCCUGCCCCCCUCUUUUACACCACUGCUAAUCUCUGUUGUUACCAUCUAUGCAUAGUCCCUUUAAUAACUCUACCAACAUGUACAUAUUACCUCAACUAACCGGUGCCUCCGGACAUUGAAUCAGUACCGGUACCCCCCCUGUAUAUACCUCGCUAUUGUUAUUUUACUGCUGCUCUUUAAUUAAUUGUUACUUUUAUUUCUUAUUCUUAUCCAUAUUUUAAAAAACUGCAUUGUUGGUUAGGGGCUCGUAAGUAAGCAUUUCACUGUAAGGUCUACACCUGUUGUAUUCAGCACAUUUGAUUUUGAUUUGUUUGUGUUUUCAGGAACUACUCCAGUUUGGACCUGAACAAAGAUAGAGAAACAGAUGGAUAAAACAAACUUCAACUUGACUUGCGUGACCAUCUCUAAUAGCCCUAUCAGUGACUUCCUGAUGGGCAUCUACAUCCUGGCCUUUAUCCUGGGUUUGGCCUUUAACCUAUUGACCCUUGGCCCCAUCGUCCAGCAGGUCCGCAGCCAGAACACCCUGGGGGUAUUCCUGCUCAACCUGUCCCUGUCUGACCUACUCUAUAUCCUUACCAUGCCUCUCUGGAUCAACUACUACCACCGGGACCACCACUGGAGCCUGGGCAGCCUCUCCUGCAGCGUGGCCGGCUUCUUCUACUACUCCAACAUGUACCUUAGCAUCUACCUGCUGUGCUGCAUCUCUGUGGACCGCUGCCUGGCCGUCACCUACCCCCUGAGGACCAAAGCCUUCCGCAGCGCGCGCUACGCCUGGGUGCUUUGUCUGGUCGUGUGCGUGACUGUCAUGUCCGGACACGGCCUGGUGCUGUUCAAGGACAACCUGCAGGACGCCCACGACGACACGCAGGACCGCUGUUACGAGACCUACCCCAUGCCGCAGCCCGUGGCCCUGUUCAACCUGCUGCGGGUGGGCAUCGGCUUCCUGCUGCCCCUGCUGGUGCUGGGGCUGUGUUACUGGAGGAUCAUGGGCCAGGUGAAGCAGAGCGAGGGGCUGGGGGAACAGGCUAAGAGGAAGGUACGGCUGCUGUCCUUCGGGGUGAUCGGGAUUUUCUCUGUGUGCUUCGCCCCCUACCACCUCCUCCUGCUGACCCGCUCCCUGGCCUACUACCACAUGGACGAAAAGAUGUACUGUCAGUUUGAGCAGAAAAUGCACUUCCCUUUCUCGUGCACGCUGGCCCUGUCCAGCCUGAACAGUGUGGUGGACCCAGUGCUGUAUGUGCUGGUCAGUAACGGGGUGAGGGAGGACAUGAGAUUGUGCUUCUGUGGGAACAGACAGGGUCAGAGGGAGAGAGAAAGUCCCCUCUCCACUGAACCAUGGAACACACAUAUGAUCUGAUUACAUACUGUGUGUUUGUGUGGAGGGUUGGGUAGGUUACUUUCUAAAUGUAAUCCAUUACAGUUACUAGUUGCCUGUCCAAAACUGUAAUUAGUAACGUAACUUUUGGAUUACCCAAACUCACUCAGUUACUUUUGGAUUGCCUUCCCGUUAAGAGGCAUUAGAAGAAGACAAAAAAGGAUCCAUUCAAAGCAUUUGGUACGUCAUCAUAGUGGUCUCUGACUCACCCAGGUGGAACAAACUGAUGCUUUUUCCAAUGCUGAAUUGAAUGUCAUUGAGAAAACAGAAUGUUGUCAUAAGGUGUCUGAAUUUAAAAGUAGUCUAAGUAAUCAUGUUGUCGGUAAUCUGACUACAAUAUCUUUGCUGGUAACGUAACUGAAUACAGUUACAGUUUUAUUGUAAUCAAAUGACGUGUAACUGAGCGUGUGUGUUGUAUUUACGCCUAUUGCAGUAAAUCCCUUCCGUGCACAUUGUAAAAAGGACGGCAUGUUUGUUCUGUGUGACUUCAAUAACAUGUUCUUUCAUAUCAACCCACUUUCAUGGACAAUCAGUCAAUCAGGUUGUCUUUUUAAAAUGUUCAAAGAAAAGCCUUUGUGAAGUUUUUCUUAACAUUCCGCUUGGUGAUGAGGAUGGGUAAUUGUGUUUCUGAAUUGGAGCUUUCUAUUAAAACGCCUGUCCUCAUUGGUAAGGAAAAUCCUUUCAAAGUCUGUCUGUUCUGGCUUUAUGUUACAGGAUUGCUCCGCUUGAAGGGCCCUCGACUCUCUUCAGGCCUGCCACGGGUUUUUAUUGACAUGUGCUUGGUUUACAAAUGAACCUUCUUGUUCUAAUUUGCCUGUUUGUGGACUGACAUGAAUCAGAAUAACAUUUGUCAAUUAUAUAUAUAUAUACUGUAUAUCCCAAACUAAAUCUACGUCAUAAACAAUACUGGCGUUGAAAUCAAAGAAAAUACAGUACUGGACAUUGAAGACAUGUCGUACAAAUGUUCACCCAAUAAACAUAAAAGGAAGCUACCCAAAUGUGCAUUUAUUCUUACGUUUCCAUGUACAAUUCCAUUAUCGGACAAAUCAGUUCCCCUCUCAGUCCAUCAAGGUAAAAUAUAAAAAUUUAAAAAAUCCAGCGCUGGAAAACAAUGAACUGCCUCAUCAAUUUAGACACUUAGUCAAUACAGCUCUUUAACAAAUGCUCUGAACAUGAGAGGUCACUGUAGACCGUCUCUUUAAUUACGGAGUGUGAUGCUGAUUUAUGUCGGUUGGCGCCCACCCCCCCUCGGGUUGUGCCGUGGCGGAGAUCUUCGUGGGCUAUACUCGCCCUUGUCUCAGGAUGGUAAGUUGGUGGUUGAAGAUAUACCUCUAGUGGUGUGGGGGCUGUGCUUUGGCAAAGUGGGUGGGGUUAUAUCCUGCCUGUUUGGCCCCAUCCGGGGGUAUCGUCAUACGGGGCCACAGUGUCUCCCGACCCCUAAUGUCUCAGCCUCCAGUUUUUAUGCUGCAGUAGUUUGUGUCGGGGGCUAGGGUCAGCCUGUUAUAUUUGGAGUAUUUCUCCCGUCUUAACUGAUGUCCUGUGUGAAUGUAAAUAUGCUCUCUCUAAUUCUCUCUCUUUCUUUUCCCCUCUUUCUUUCUCUCUCUCUGAGGGCCUGAGCCCUAGGACCAUGCGUCAGGACUACCUGGCCUGAUGACUCCUUGCCGUCCCCAGUCCACCUGGCCAUGCUGCCGCUCCAUUUUCAACUGUUCUGCCUGCAGCUAUGGAAUCCUGACCUGUUCACCGGACGUGCUACCUGUCCCAGACCUGCUGUUGUCAACUCUCUAGUGACAGCAGGAGCGGUGGAGAUACUCUGAAUGAUCGGCUAUGAAAAGCCAACUGACAUUUAUUCCUGAGGUGCUGAUGUGUUGCACCCUUGACAACCACUGUGGUUAUUAUUAUUAUUUGACCCUGCUGGUCAUCUAUGAACAUUUGAACAUCUUGGCCAUGAACUGUUACAAUCUCUACCCGGCACAGCCAGAAAAGGACUGGCCAUCCCUCAUAGCCUGGUUCCUCUCUAGGUAUCUUCCUAGGUUUUAGCCUUUCUAGGGAGUUUUUCCUAGCCACCGUGCUUCUACACCUGCAUCGCUUGCUGUUUGGGGUUUUAGACUGGGUUUCUGUACAGCACUUUAACAUCAGCUGAUGUAAGAAGGGCUUUAUAAAUGCGUUUGUUUGAUUGAUUGAUGCGGCUGUGGGGAUGGGACUUACUGUAGUCCCUCUGUUCCCAGGUGGGGGUUGGGGUAUUUGUGGGGCUCAUGGUUCCUAUCCUAGUGGCGGUCCCUUUGAUCCUUACAUUCUGGAUAACAGCUCUCUGGUGCUGAUGAGGAAAGCUGAACAGAAGACUCGGGAGACGCUAUGGCUGACCGAGAGCACGGCUCCAAUCCGGCCUCGCUGACAUCUAACAUAACGUAAAAUGAGCCGUAAUUAAAACAGUCCAUAAUCAGCAGACCGCCCCACAGGCCAUAAUUAAAACGGCCAGCGAUGUUACGUCUCUGUUGCUGCAGUUACGGAGAGGGAUGGACAAUUAUCCACUGCUUUCAGAGCGUUUAUUUGAACAUCGCUCCCAAGCAAGGUCAUGUCGGCUCUGCUUGAUGAUUUGGAAGAAAACGGACAUAAGCCAAUAGGUAUGUCUCAUGAAGCAAAUCCAAUAACCAGCGGUGAGAAGGAAAGUUUGUAAUGGAAUCACUUACUACAAUCCAAUAUAACGGUCGUUGCAUGGAUGAAAUGACGUUUGUUCUAUCUGCUCAGCGCUGAUCAGAUGAUUAACUAAAUCUGACAGGAACGAUCAGGUUCCAGACACGGUCCAGACUCAAAUGGUUUUGGAACACAAUCGGCCGCCACAUUCUUUGUCACCAAAAGGAGGGUUCAAUAAUCGCUUCUCAGUGGCAAAGCAUUUCUGUGACCUUCCUUAGCUCUGACAGUGGAGAGAGUUAAAGAGGGACAGCAUUGAAAUUGCAGGUUGUCUUGCUAUGUGUGGAAUGGUGUCCAAUGAUUCACAUGACAGCAUGCUGCUUGUCAAUAAAGCUCCCACUGUGCCCGUCGAUACUGUAGCAGGCUGAGUGGUUGGCAUUUUACUGGUGAGACCAGUUGUGUACGGCGUGAAUGCUUGCUCUGAUUCUGAGCUGCUCACGGGGACUAAACUCUUGAAAUGAGACUCAUUGAAAAGCACAGAUUUAUCUGUCAUAUUGAAUUGGUUUCAUGAGGGCUGGGGACAGCCUGUUUACAGAAGGAAGCCCCCCCCCCCCCUCUCUUAGAGAUAACGAUAAGGUACUUUCACAUAGCUAUAAAAAAAACUAAUUUCCAUUGUAAUUUCCUCUCUUUACCUCACUGAAUGACUAUUGGUCUGUCUCAGUGCCAGAGCCUUGUUGAACAUGAUGCCAAGGAAAGAUAUGCAGACAGUGCUCAUUUUGGAGACUGUGAACAUUCUUCAGAAAUACAACUAAUUCAAGAUGGUAGACUAGGUCCUACUUCUCUAAAAGCCACGGGAGUGGUCCGGGUUUCUGCUUGCUCUGUUUGUUACGCUGCGCCCGGGAAACUACUCAUGAAUUAUGUAUGUUGCAAAAGUGAGUUUUGUUUGCGAACACAACAUGUAAAUCUAGGAUCUUUAUAAAGGCAGUGCCUCAUUGAAAACCAAUUUCCUCUGUCUAAGGGUCAUUGAUAGAUCUCAUCAAAUUAUGGAAGAAUAUUAGAUUACCUAAACCCUUACUUCCAUGUGUACCAUUUGUGAAAGCAAUGUGCUUAAUUAUGCAUGAACUGUAGCGAUAUAAUGUUAUUUUAUAAUCUAUUAAUGCAGCUCUCUAGCACUCAAGCACAAAUGGCCUAGAUGAAUGGAGUUUUCAACCUGUGAUAGAUGUAAAAUGAUGCUAAUAAAUGAAUGUGACUUUAACCCUU